AUGGCCCCUUCACUCGGAUCGACCGACAGCUUCGAGGAAAAUGCCGGUCCCUUACUCGCUCUCGGUCUCUCUCCCUCUCAACAUCCGCGCAUCACGACUUGGGAUUUAUCGAGACAUGGACAUCUGGGAUAUCAUAUUCCUGAUAUAUCAUACUUUGUCCUAGCCAAGAAAUAA